AUGCCCGACGUUUCUGUUGGUUCACAGAUAUUCGACAUUGUAUUUCACCCUGCGCAUUGCACUGCCUAUGCUGCGCUUUUAUCUGGCCAGGUCAAGGCUAUCACAUAUGACCAUCAAGGACGAAACAAGGAGUCGUUCUCCGUAUCGGUUUCACACCGGUCUUGUCGCGGACUAAGCAUAAACGGAGACGGGACCAAUAUAUACGUCGUAGGGAAGGGGAAGGCUCUCCAUACAAUCGAUACUACCACCGGGAGACACGCCCAGUCGCGAGCCAAAGCACACGAGCAAGCGGCUCCCAUCAACCGCGUGCGACAUUUGACAUCGUGGCUACUGUCCACAGGAGAUGACGACGGAGUUAUCAAGCUAUGGGAUCCAAGACAGAAAGAAUCUAUUCGAAAGUACACACAUCAUUUUGAUUAUAUCACGGAUUUUCUGUGGUUGGAUGAUAAGAAACAGCUAGUUGCUACGAGUGGCGAUGGAACGCUGUCAGUUAUAGAUGUCCGGUCGAAAAAUACUAAACCCAUAGCGCAGUCGGAGGAUCAAGAAGAUGAACUUCUGUCCAUUGUCGCAAUCAAAGGGUCUACCAAAUUCGUUGUAGGCACUCAAAUUGGGGUUUUGUCUAUUUUCAACCGAAGCAGUGGUUGGGGCGAUUGUGUUGACCGUAUUCCGGGGCACCCUCAUUCUGUUGACACAUUAUGUGCUUUACCUGAAUCAUUCACGGACAUUGAUGCCACCAGCACGAUCCUAACAGGGUCAUCCGAUGGUUUCGUGCGCGCAGUCCAGAUAUUUCCGACGAAAUUGCUGGGUGUCGUGGCAGAUCACGGUGAAUGGCCCGUUGAGAAGGUCGCUAUUGGCGACGGACAAAAUUUCUUGGAUCUCGAGGGUGAGGAUGAGCAGAUAGCGCCGGUGGCAAAAAAAUCAGACCAUGAUGAAAUUUUACCCGAUGCUCGGUGGUGGAUUGGAAGUGCUGGCCAUGACGAGACACUGAAGCUGACCAGUUUGCGGGGUUUUUUCAAUGGAGAUGAUGGAGAAGGCGAUGGAGAAGAUGAUAAAGGAAAGGAAAAAGGAGAGGGAGCGUUUGGGGGCAAUGACGCUGAGUCUGCUGAAGAUGAUGAGGAGGAGGAAGCAGAUAGUGGCGCAGAUAAUAAGGCCCAUCACUCUGGCUCCGCGGAUGAUGAUGACGAUUCAGAUUCGGAUUCUCCAGCUCCACCGACGAAAAGAAAACGGAAAAAGGAGGAAAACCCGCUGAUGGUAACGAAGCGUAAGAAAGGGAGGAACGAGGUUGAAGUCGAGGGCCGGUUUUUCGAUGACCUGUGA